AUGGCGCUGAUGUAUGGCGGCAAGGAGAAGGAGAAGGAAGAUUAUGACAUUGAUACCGCGUCGCAUCCAGGAUUCAUCAGCUUUUUUGCCAAGCUGCCUCCCAAGUCCCCAGAAACCGGCACACUGCGACUUUUCGCCCGCGGCGACUAUUACUCUGCUCAUGGCCCCGACGCGUUAUAUGUCGCGACGCAUUUCUACCGCACCAACACGGUGAUCAAGUACCUGGGCUCCGGAGGGCGCGCAGGCCUCCCGAGUGUGACGAUGAACCCGGGCCAGGCGAAGAGUUUCUUGAGGGAGGCGCUGACUGCCCGCCAGCUCCGAGUGGAGAUAUGGGAACCGGAGGCGGGGCAGGGGAAGAAGGCGACGAGGUUUAAGCUGGACAAAGAGGCGUCUCCGGGCAAUUUGCAAGCUGUAGAAGAUCUCUUAUUUGGCCAUACGGAUAUCCUCUCCGCUCCUGUUGUCAUGGCCAUCAGGAUCGCGUCUACACCCGCCGCCAUUGCAGCUUCUUCCAAGGCAAAGACAAAGAGCGUAGGCGUCGCCUUUGCCGAUACGAGCACACGCGAGAUCGGCGUUGCCGACUUUGUUGAUAAUGACCUGUUCUCCAAUGUUGAGACUCUCAUCAUCCAACUUUCUGUCAAGGAGGCACUGAUACCGACGGGAACGGCAACUGGGACUACCGAGCGCGACUUCGAGCUGAAGAAGCUGAAGGAGGUCCUAGAUCGCUGUGGGGUUGUCAUUACCGAGCGUAAACCGAGUGAAUUCACCACAAAGAAUAUCAAGGACGACAUCGUCAGACUGCUGAAACCAAGUUCCAUACCCUCGUCUUCGAACGUCGAUGCUGCACAGGUAAUACCCGAGCUCUCGCUCCCUAUUGCUCCUGCCGCACUGUCCGCGUUGGUCUCCUACCUUUCACUGCUUUCAGAUCCAUCUAGUCAUGGCGCAUAUACUCUCCACAUGCACGACCUGUCCCAGUUUAUGAAGCUCGACGCUAGUGCCCUUCGUGCGCUCAACCUUACUGAGGGCUCGGGUAACAUUGGAUCUAAUAAGAACACUUCUCUCUUCGGUCUGUUGAACAAGGGCAAGACAGCUCAAGGUUCGCGCCUACUUGGCAGCUGGCUGAAGCAGCCGUUGGUCAACCUUCAUGAAAUCCAUAAGCGGCAGAACCUCGUGGAAAUCUUCGUUGACGAUUCAAAUGCACGGAGAACACUGCAGGAUGAGUAUCUCAAGAUGAUGCCUGACAUGCAUCGCAUAUGUAAACGGUUCCAGAAGGGCGUCGCGUCUUUGGAAGACGUCGUUCGGGUAUAUCAAGCCAUAUUGAAGCUUGAAGGCCUCAUCACUACUCUUGAAAGCCUCGAGAUUGUCCAUGACGAUAUUAAAGAGCUAUUGGAAGAGCUCUAUCUCGCGAAACUACGAGAAUAUGAUGCCAACCUUGCGAAGUUCGCCGAGAUGGUACAGCAUACGCUGGACCUCGAUGAGCUCGAGAACCACAAUUUCGUCAUCAAGCCGGACUACGACUCUCGUCUCCGAGUUCUUGCCGACAAGCUGAAAGAGAUCCGCGACGGCCUAGAUGAGGAGCAUCAAGACGUUGGCCAUGCGCUGGACCUCGACUUGGACAAGAAGUUGCACCUGGAGAACUCGCCAACAUAUGGAUACUGUUUCCGCCUGACAAAAAGCGAUUCUAAGAGAAUCGAGAACAAGGAGAACAAGUACCCACAGCUGGGUACAAACAAGAGCGGCACCUACUUUACCACUGGGACUUUGAAGGAGCUGGCGACGGAAUACCAAGAAACCACGGAGUUGUACUCGAAGACGCAGAAUGGCCUUGUCAAGGAGGUCGUCAAUAUUGCUUCAACCUACACGCCUGUUUUGGAAUCUUGGAACAAUGUCCUGGCUCAUCUCGACGUGAUCAUCAGCUUCGCUCAUGUCGCCGUGAAUGCACCAGAGGCGUAUGUCAAGCCCAAGAUGCUGGAAAAAGGCUCGGGCAGCCUGGUUCUCAGAGAAGCACGCCACCCAUGUCUUGAGGUCCAAGAUGACAUGAGCUUCAUUCCCAAUGACAUAGAGAUGAUUAAGAAUGACAGCGAAUUCCAGAUUAUCACUGGCCCUAACAUGGGCGGCAAGAGCACAUACAUUCGGCAGGCUGGAGUGAUCGCACUCAUGGCUCAAAUAGGCAGUUUUGUUCCGUGUUCAGAGGCCAGUAUACCGGUAUUCGACUCGAUCCUCUGUCGUGUGGGUGCUGGAGAUAGUCAGCUCAAAGGCAUAUCGACAUUCAUGGCCGAGAUGCUCGAGACGGCUACCAUUCUACGCUCUGCUUCGAAGGACUCGCUGAUUAUCAUCGACGAACUUGGACGAGGGACGUCGACGUAUGAUGGAUUUGGUCUGGCAUGGGCCAUCUCAGAACACAUCGCCUCCGAGAUUCACGCCUUCUGUCUCUUCGCGACUCACUUCCACGAGCUAACGGCCCUUGACCAAGAGAUUUCACACGUCAAGAAUCUGCACGUUGUCGCGCACGUCUCCAAGUCAGAAGAGGCUGACCGUGAUCGUGAUAUCACCUUAUUAUACAAAGUGGAACCUGGCGUGUGCGACCAAAGCUUCGGUAUCCAUGUUGCUGAACUGGCCAAUUUCCCGGAAAAUGUAGUCAAGCUGGCGAAACGCAAAGCUGACGAAUUGGAAGAUUUCAACCAAGAAGGUAACGACAGUGAGCCCCAGUUACCCGCAGAGGUGGUCGAGGAGGGAACGAAGAUUAUCGAAGAACUUUUGCGAACUUGGGCAUCAAUGCCUCCAGACCAUGAUGGUGAAGACGUCACAAUGGCCGAAGAGGAUGAGCCUUCUCCUGCAGCGCAACUAGAGCAACUCAAGAGAUGCGUCGAGCAAUUCCGGCCACAGAUCGAAGCGAAUGCUUGGGUUCAAAGUAUACUGGCUUCAUUGUGA